UUGCAGAGUUUCAGCUGGGCCUGGUGCUGAAAAGGAACAGGAACACAUUGACUUGAUGUUAGUGUAUUGAUACUCUACCACUGAUCAGCACAGACUCUCAUGUCUGAUAUUUAGACAUGGGGAACCUGGUGCACAUGGGAACUUUGCUGCUUUUUGCCAUAACAUUGGCACAAUUAAGACUGGUAAAAAAUCAGGAGAUUGAGACAGAAGUCGAUCCUUUAAGCUGCACUCAAUAUGGCAACUCCUAUCAAAACAAAGAUGUCUGGAAACCAGAACCCUGUCAAAUCUGUGUGUGUGAUGAAGGAAUAACACUAUGUGACGAAAUCACCUGUGAUGAAAUACAUGACUGUGAGAGACCUGUAAUUCCAUUUGGAGAAUGUUGUCCUGUGUGUCAAUCUAGUGAAUCAGACCGAUAUCCUGCCAGUAGAGGAGAAAAGGGGCAGAAAGGUGAACCAGGAGAUGUCCGCAGAGUUGUUGGAAUAAGAGGACCUCCAGGUGCAGCAGGACCACCAGGCUCACAAGGACCAAGAGGCAUAGAAGGGCCAAAGGGACCACCAGGUGUUUCUGGUCCACCUGGAAGCGAUGGCGUGCCUGGAAUUCCUGGAGAACCUGGUCCUCCUGGUCCACCGGGACACCCCACUCAUCCUGGAUUUCCAGGUCAACUUGCAUCUCAGAUUGCUGGUGAUGAGAAAUCAGGUUUGCGCGGCCAGAUAGGAAUGGUGCCUGGAUCUAUGGGUGAGGUAGGACCGAGAGGACCUCCAGGAGUCAUGGGACCACAAGGCCUUAAAGGACUGCCAGGCCCACCUGGAGAACCUGGUGACUUGGGACCAAUGGGUGCAGCUGGUAACCGUGGUCCCGAGGGGCCGCCUGGAAAACCUGGUGAAGAUGGCGAUGCUGGAAAGGCAGGACAUGCUGGUGAGCAGGGAUUUCGAGGACAGCAGGGUUCCCGAGGUUUCCCAGGUGCCCCUGGUUUGCCUGGUAUCAAGGGUUUGAGGGGAUACAUUGGCCUGAAAGGACAUAAAGGUGAAAAUGGAGCUCUAGGCCAGAAGGGUGACCAGGGUUCACUUGGCUCAAUGGGAGGUCCAGGUUCAAAGGGUCCGCGGGGCCUUCCAGGUGAAAGAGGCCGAUCUGGACCUCAGGGUGCCCCAGGUACUCGCGGUGCCAUUGGUGCACCUGGCCUGCCUGGUGCUAUGGGUCCUAUCGGUUUACUGGGUGCCCAAGGAUUCCCGGGUCAGCCUGGUGUUAAGGGUGGACCUGGCCCAACAGGUGUCCGUGGGCCUGAAGGACCCCAGGGACAGCGUGGUAUACCAGGUCGCCAGGGUAGACCUGGACCUGCGGGCAACACUGGACCACUGGGCAUAGAUGGAACUAUGGGUGCUAAAGGCCCAUUGGGCUCUCCAGGCACAAGUGGUGCUGCUGGGUUUCCAGGGCCUCCUGGAUCCACUGGCCCAACAGGGAACACUGGACCUCCUGGGAUCAAAGGUCAAAGGGGAGAACCAGGCCAAUUAGGCUACAAGGGAGAACCUGGAUCUAAGGGCGAGUCUGGUCCACCUGGCCCACAAGGAGCUCUUGGCCCAAUGGGUGAAGAAGGCAAGAGAGGACCUCGUGGUGACCCUGGUCCAAUCGGUGUUGCUGGUGCAUUGGGAGAAAGAGGGUCUCCAGGUAAUCGUGGUUUCCCAGGUCAAGAUGGGCUUCCUGGUCCAAAAGGUGCUCAAGGACAGCGUGGUAUAACGGGUCCUGCAGGUCCUAAGGGAUCAUCAGGUGAUCCUGGCCGCCUUGGUGAUCGUGGUCUCCCAGGCGCAAGGGGCCUUACAGGAAACCCAGGAAUCAUGGGUGCAGAAGGCAAACCGGGAGCUACGGGUCCUCCAGGUGAGGAAGGACGUCCAGGCUCACUGGGGCCAACAGGACUAAGAGGCUCACCUGGUUCCAUGGGUUCAGUAGGACCAAGGGGUAAUAGUGGCGAUUCUGGUAAGACAGGUGAGAAAGGUCCUUCUGGUGCCCCAGGUCAGCGAGGCACCCCUGGCAAAGAUGGGGAAUCUGGACCUCAAGGUCAUAUUGGUCCACCAGGUCAAGCUGGAGACAGAGGAGAACAAGGCCCUCCUGGUCCUCCAGGAUUCCAGGGUUUGCCUGGAACUCCGGGUCCUCCUGGUGAAUCUGGCAAGCCGGGUAAUGAGGGCAUCCCAGGUGACCUUGGUCCAAUAGGCCAUUUAGGUCCAAGAGGUGAACGUGGAAUUCCAGGCGAGCGUGGUUUGCCUGGCCCUCCCGGUCUUCAAGGUCCAAGAGGUAUUCCAGGUGCUGCUGGCAAAGAUGGAGCUAAGGGUCUUCCUGGGCCAGCUGGUAGUCUUGGAGAUCCAGGUCCUCCAGGUCUUCAGGGAAUGCCAGGGGAACGAGGUGCUUCCGGACCUUCAGGUCCUAAGGGUGAAAGGGGUAUUGCAGGUGAAAAAGGAUCUGAAGGCAGUCUGGGUAAUGAAGGUGCCAGAGGUCUGCCUGGCUCUCCUGGUCCACCUGGUAUUUCUGGUCCUUCAGGGGAUAAGGGUGAACCUGGUUCUAUUGGACCUCCUGGCCCGCUGGGUUCCCGUGGAUCUCCUGGCUCUCGUGGUGAGACUGGUCCCACUGGUGCUGUUGGAUUUUCUGGACCACCUGGCAGCGAUGGACAGCCUGGAGGCAAAGGUGAAACUGGUGAGCCUGGUCAGAAAGGUGAUGCUGGUUCUCCAGGACCACAAGGACUGGCAGGAUCCCCAGGUCCACCAGGACCUCUUGGUGUCCCAGGUCUAAAAGGUGGACGUGGUACUCAGGGACCACCUGGUGCCACUGGCUUUCCAGGACCUGCAGGUCGAGUUGGACCACCAGGAGCAACCGGUGAUCCAGGUCCUAUUGGUCCCUUGGGGGCUCCUGGAAAAGAAGGUCCUCCAGGUCUUCGGGGUGACACAGGUCCACCUGGAAAGACUGGUGACCCUGGCCCUUCUGGAACAGCUGGUAGCCCUGGUGAUAAAGGUGAACCUGGAGAAGAUGGUCCAACUGGCCCAGAUGGUCCUCCAGGUCCACAAGGUACAACUGGACAAAGAGGACUCGCAGGCCUGCCAGGUCAUCGUGGAGAAAGAGGCAUGCCUGGCCUGCCUGGCCCUGCUGGCCAACCUGGGAAACAAGGACCAACAGGAUCUCCUGGUGAAAGAGGCCCUUCAGGCCCAACUGGCCCAAAUGGUGCCCGUGGCCCAACUGGUGAAGCUGGUCAGGAUGGAAUGCCAGGAAUUGAUGGCACUCCUGGACGUGAUGGUCGUGCAGGAGAGCCGGGCGAUCGUGGGGAUCCAGGACCUGCAGGUGUUCCAGGUGUACAAGGUGUUCCUGGGGCCCCAGGUCCCAUUGGUCCAACUGGAGAGGCGGGUGCUAGAGGUGAAACAGGUUCUCAUGGCCCAUUGGGACCCUCUGGUCGAGCUGGAGGGCGUGGACUACCAGGCCCUCAAGGUCCCCGUGGUGACAAAGGUGAAAAUGGAAUUCAGGGUGAACGAGGUCAGAAAGGUCAUCGUGGAUUUACUGGUUUACAGGGUCUUCCUGGUCCUCCUGGUCCAUCUGGUGAGCAGGGUGGUCCUGGAAUUCCAGGGCCAUUUGGUCCAAGAGGUCCUCCUGGCCCAGUUGGUCCUCCUGGAAAAGAAGGUCACAUUGGUUUCCCUGGGCCUAUUGGACCACCUGGUUCACGUGGAACUCUUGGAGAAACUGGCCCUGAGGGUCCUCCUGGUGAGGAAGGACCAGCUGGUCCUCCUGGCCCCCCUGGUCCUCCCACUGCUGCCUAUGAUGAUAUUGUGGGCCAUUAUGAGAUGGAACCAGAUACUUUGGAUAUACUCAAUGCUGAUGAGACUUCUGAUACUCUUCCAAAGGAUUCAGGAGUGGACGCUACCCUGAAAUCCCUCAGUAGCCAAUUGGAAACCAUGCGUAGCCCAGAUGGUUCCAGAAAGAACCCAGCUCGAACGUGCCAAGAUCUUUUAUUCUGUCACCCAGAAAAGAAAAGUGGGGAAUACUGGAUUGAUCCUAACCAGGGUUGUGUUGAGGAUGCUAUUAAAAUAUACUGCAAUAUGGACACUGGUGAGACCUGUAUCCUCGCUGACCCAUCUGAAAUACCACGUAAAACCUGGUGGAGCAAAAGGAAUGGUGAUGAUCCUGGACACGUAUGGUUUGGUGACUCUAUGAAUGGUGGAUUACAGUUCAGUUAUGGUGACAAGCAACAUGCACCGAAUACCGUCAUGAUCCAAACAACAUUCCUCCGCCUUCUGUCAAAAGAAGCUUCCCAAAAUAUUACCUAUCAUUGUAAGAACAGCAUUGCUUACAUGGAUGAUCAAACUGGCAACCUUAAAAAAGCUUUGAUUCUUAAGAGUGCCAAUGACAUUGAGAUCAAAGCAGAAGGAAAUAGCAGAUUUAAAUAUACUGUGCUGGAAGAUGGCUGCACUAAACAUACUGAUAAUUCGGGCAAGACAGUCUUUGAAUAUCGAACACAGAACACAGCACGCCUGCCAAUUGUAGAUAUUGCGCCUGUGGAUAUUGGUGCUCCCAAUCAGGAAUUUGGCAUUGAAAUUGGCCCAGUUUGCUUCUUGUAAAAUAAAAGGACUUGGAGACUUUGAAGACAUUCCUGGACUCUUGAAUUAUUGGCUGAUCCAAUCAGCACUGUAUAUAUAAAGUACUUAGAAUUUCCAGCCCUUCACAACAAUUAUUUAUUGUUCAUUUGAACCCAGUUAGUAAAAUUAAGAUAUGAUUAAAAACUGUGAAAGAUUCCUGGCAGUUUUUAAUAUAGUAACAACUAUUGGCUCUCAUGUGACAGGAAUGAAAACAGUAAGAUUUUCACUCUAAAGCCUAAAAAAGAUAAAAUAUAGUUUCAGAAAUGUUCACUUCUGAGAAUGUUCCAUCUUAUAGUUGUUGGGGCUAAUUUGGUGCACUGACAUGAAGCCUGGAUUAGAGAUCGGGCUACACAUUUGUAACCCAGGCUCUCUGACCCACACUUCCUGGUAGCACUGUCCCCCUGCUGUGAGUGUGGAAUCUGUCCUUUUAUCUACUAAUUAGAAUAUGCUCCAAUAUCAAGCUUAUCUACCGAACGUAUAAAAGGUGUAGUUUAAAAAAUUCCCCACGUUUAAGCUACCUCAUCUCUGUCAGAAGCUAGGAUACAUUGAUGCUUGUCUUUAUUCAUUUGUUCUCCAGGUGCUAUAUUUCCAGGCUUCUUUCUGUGUUUGUUUACAGAAACAGGAGACAGAGGGAAGAAAUUAUGGUGCUAGUUAUAAAGAUCCAAUUUCCUGUAAGCUUUUGAUGAAGUAGCAGUAAACCCACAACAUUAAUGGCAUGUUGAUAUUCAUUUUGAUAUUACUGUCGUGUCAACUUCUUCGAGUAUGAAUGGUGUUCCUUAUCUCUCAGUUCAAUUAGUAAUAGUAAAGUCUGCAUGUCUUGAAAGUUAAAACAUGUAGGCAAGUCCAUUUUGCAAUGUUUCUUUCUCUAUCUCUUCAAUGAUGUUCUUUAAUUCUCCAAUAAAAAGGACCAUUUUACAAGGAAACCAGAAAUAUUUUUGGUUGAAUUGAUUGAUUCCCCCACUGCCUCUCCCCACUGCUCCCCCAUUCAACCACCACCACAACUCCCACCCCACCAAUAAUGAUUGUAAACUCAAACUACUGUCUGAUCAUGGCAUUCGCAAAGUGUCGUUCACCCCAAUCUGCUUCACCACUUUUAGCAGUAAUGGUAUAAUCAAUAUUAUAAUGAAUCCAUUAGAUGAGGAGGCAUCUUUGUUAAAAGUGUAGAGGUCUCCAAUUUAUUUCAAAAUGCUGGGGAAACAUCCAACACUCAAUGAAGAGAAAAUAAAAUAUAAUUUAUGAAAAUGUUAUACUUACAUCAAUAAUAUCAGGUUAUAUUCAACUACCAAAUUUAUUAUCUUUGUUAUGAUUGAUAUGGUGAACCCAGCUAUUUUAUUUGCAUUAUUAUUUCUUUGAAGUUUCAAUGGUUCAGGUCCUUGGUCUUUGUACUUUGCCUUUCAAAUUGCUACUAGAAAAGUGAUUACGGUGCCUAUAUUCAAUUGCAUGAUUAAUUGGUCGAUUCAGAUUGCAAGGCACUUGUAGUUGACCAUUCUUCUGAUCCAUUAUUUUGUAAGGUUGCACUGCUUCAUUAAUGCUAUUUUCUUUUCAUUUCUCAAUACAUUUUCAUACUGCUUGUUUUACAUUGUGGUAACAUUUUGCUUUCCUUUUGGCAUGCUUUUAAAUAGCAUUGAUUUGACUUAAGGCUAACUGAAGAUAUAUUGUAACACAAAUGCUUCUGCAACAUGUUAUUUGAAAAGGUUUUUGUGCUAGAUUAAUGAGUUGGAAUAGGAAUUUAUUUUUCCAGAUGGCUCGGAGUUAUUAUAUCCAUGUGUUUCUCUUUAUUCUUAGCCACAGAAAUCACUCCAAUUGGAGACUUGUAUAGCACUUUGCCUGCCCUGCUUUGGGGACAGAGUUUCUAUGUUUUGAACUUGCUGUUGAACUUGCUAUUUAAUAUCUGAGCUUUAAUGAAACUGCUCUUAUGUAACAGUUAAAAUGAAUAGGAAAAUUAAAUGUUGAAGCAAU